AUGAGAAGCUCAAGUUCUAACUAUUCAUUAUAAAGAGAUUUCCAAAAGCUAGAAUCAAGAUUAGAUAGCAUUGAAUUGAGAAAUAGAAGUGGAAUCAGAAAUAAAAAAGAAGAGUCCACAUAUUCAAGAAUCGAUAACAAAGAAAAUUGUUCAAUCCAAACAACAAAAAAUCAAUUAUAUUCAUAUGGAGCAAAAUACUAGCAGAAACUUCAAAUGCAAAAAUCUAAAGUAGAGAUUCCUGUAGUUGAAGUCAAAAGAGUGGAUGAUAAAAAAAAGUUGAGUGUAAUUUUCAAAUUUUAUGCAUCCUUUGGAGACAGAACCAAUAUUGAUUAUAUCAGAUCAAACAAAAUACAUAAAUUGAUGUCAGACUCACAAAUCAGACUUCAAAAACAAGAUUAGUAAUAAAUUGAUUUACUAUUUGUUAAAGCAAAUAGAAAUAAACCAAACAUGGAUUUUGAAAACUUCUAUUACUUUUUAGAAUUAUUAUCCGAAACCCUAUAUGGAGAGGAUAACUCAUUUUAAAUAUUAAUGGACAACCAUUUGACUCCAUUAUAUGAGAAUAUAAUCUCAUCAACUGAUUUGGGGGAUGAGGAGACAAAAUUAUCUUAAGAAAUUGAUCCAAUUUGCCUAAAGUUAAUGUAAGUUGUUAUACAACCCAUUACCUUUUAUUUAUAAUAAAUAUUUUCCCUCCUUAAUUUAAAGAAUUUCAAUUUGAAAGACUAAUAAGAAGAAUUGAUGUUGAAACAAUAGAUUCCGAUCGUCUCUAUUUUUAUUUUUAAAAAGAUUUUGAAAUCUGGCCCUCAAUUCAUUACUAAAGGAUCUGCUUAUCUCCUAUUAGAUUCCAUUUAAGCUGACCCCAAUUUGCCUCAAAUUUGUUAAUAAAAAAAAUAAAAGUCAAAAUUCGAUGUUAAUUAAUUUUGUUGUUAUAUUAUAAAAUUAGCGAUGAUGACACUUCAAAGCUUCGAUGAUUCCACUUAAGAAUAAUAAAUGAUAACUCCAUUAUAAAAACUGGCCUUUUUAUUUGAACGCAUGGAAUUGAGUCAGGGAUUUAGCAAUCUGGAAAUACCUUCAAAUAAUUCUAAAAUGAAUUGGAAAUUAAAAGUACCAGAAGAACUUAUAGAAUUAAUUAUUAGUGAUCCUGAUGCAAUUCAAUAUUUGAACUCUACAACUCAAAGAAUGAAGAUUCAUCAUUUAAAAAAUGAAGAAUUCUAUGAUGAAUAAGUCAAAAGAAUCAAUACAGUACCUACUAAUAGAGUUCGACCAUCGAUAUAGAUUAAUAAAUAAUUCGAGGAAUAAUGCCAACAAUUAUUUUAAGAAAAUUACACAUAAUUGUUUAAUAUCUAUAGAUAAUAUUCAGGAAUUAACUAAUAAACUGGACAAGAUAACGAAUUAGUUGGCAGUAAAUGGAUGAAAUUUUUAAAAGAUGCAAAUUUAGUUAACAUUAAUUUAAUUGAUAAAAAUAGUAAAUUAUCAUACUAAGUACCUCACAAUGAAAUUGAUCUAAUAUUUACCAAAGCCUGUACGGUAUCUCAAAACAAUAGAACUUCAGUUCCAAUCAAAUAAAAGAAAUAAACAAUGAAUUUCUUAUAGUUUUUAAAGGGUCUCUAAUUGCUAACCAAUGACAUCCAUGUGUUAAGAAUCAUUUUGAAUGAUCAUAUAUUACAUCUAAUGAGUCAAGGACCUGAAAAUAAAAUGAAAGAUCUCCUCUCUUAAUUAAUGAAUAUUUUAAAGGAUAAAGAAAUCGUUGAGUUUUUAGGAUUGUUACAUAAAUCAAUUUUAGUUUACUAUAAAUAAUACACCAUUGGUAAAUAGAUAAUGAAUUUUGAGUAGUUUUUGAGAUUUUACAAAGAUUUCUCAAUAUUCCCCGAUUUAUUGACCAAAAAUAAGAUAGUUUAAAUAUUUUAGAUAUUGUCCAAAUUAUAUGAGAAUCAAGAAAAUUCAAAUAUCAAGAGUGGCCACAUUGAUUAACACAUGUUCGUAGAAUCUCUUGCCCUCUCUGCUUUGGAGAUCUCGUAUAAUGACGAUGAAAAUUUGAGUUAGAUAGAGAAGAUAUACUUUUUGAUAGAGAGAUUAAAUUAAUCGGAAGGCCCUAGGAUCGUUCAGAAGUAAUUGGGACAUACAACUUGUCCUUCUGGCCAAGACUGGGACUUGUUGUAUCAUAUAAAAAAGAGGUUUUCAUGGCUAAUAUAAUAAUAAGAAUAAGUUUCUUAUGAAUAAUGA